GCCACAGGGAGCAGCCUGGCCAGUCUUUCAGCAUUACUCCGACCCUCCGUACGAGACAGAAUAUCAUCAGCUGCUCUAAACACCGUCAAGAUGGUUCAGUUUAAAGUGUUCAAGAAGUCAGCCCCUAACGGCAAGCUGACCAUCUACCUCGGUCGUCGCGACUUCGUGGAUCACGUGUCCGCCGUCGAUCCUGUUGAUGGCGUGUUGGUGUUGGAUCCAACUUACCUUGAGAGGCGCAAAGUCUUCGGACAGCUGGUGUGCAGCUUCAGGUAUGGUCGCGAGGAGGACGAGGUCAUGGGACUGAACUUCCAGAAGGACUUGUACCUCGCCUCCGAGCAGAUUUAUCCUCCCAAGGACGUCCAGCCUACCAAGCUUCAGGAGCGACUCAUAAAGAAGCUCGGAGGUAACGCAUACCCUUUCACCUUCAAGAUGCCCGAGCAGGCCCCGCCCUCCGUCACCAUUCAGCCCGGACGUGAGGACGAGGGAAAGCCCUGCGGCGUCGAGUACUACAUCAAGGUGUUCGUCGGCGAAAACGACGCCGACCGAAGCCACAAGAGGUCCACUAUCCAGCUGAAUAUCCGAAGGAUUCAGUUCGCCCCCAGCAAGACCGGCCGCCAGCCCUGCACUGUCGUCCGGAAGGACUUCAUGCUGAGUCCCGGGGAACUCGAACUGGAGGUGACGCUCGACAAGCAGCUCUACUAUCACAGUGAAAAGAUCGCCGUCAAUAUCGCCGUUAGGAAUAAUAGCAACAAGACAGUCAAGAAAAUCAAGGCAGCUGUUCAGCAGUCUGUAGAUAUAUGUUUGUUCUCUGGAGGUCAAUACAAGAGCACCGUGGCCAGCGUUGAGUCGCAGGAAGGCUGCCCCAUCGCUCCCGGCUCCGCCCUGCAAAAGGUCUUCUACCUUCUCCCGACACUGGACAGCAACAUGGACCGCCGAGGCAUCGCCCUGGACGGACACCUGAAGAACAUCCACACCAACCUGGCGUCCAGCACUCUGCUAGCUGAGCCGGAGAACCGAGACAUGUUCGGAAUGGUAAUCUCCUACACGGUGAAAGCAAAGCUGUACCUCGGUGCCAUGGGCGGGGAGGUCACCGCCGAGCUGCCCUUCGUCCUCAUGCACCCCAAGCCCGACCUGCGCCGCAUGAUGCGCGCCGACAGCCAGGCGCAGGUGGAGUCCUUCCGCUCCGACAGCAUGGGCGCCUCUGUCGACAUGGACUAGACGCCCUUUCGACGCCAUGACCAACCCGGUGACGACCCCUAACUCGCCUGAAGGACGACUCUCGAGGUGGAGAAAGGCUGAGCUGAGAUUCCCGCGUUCUCUAACAGCCACUUUUGAAACUAAUGCCGAAUUUAAGCUAGUUUUUAUUCUUUGUUUUCUUCUUUUUCUUUAAUUUUGUAUUGUUUUUAUCUGCUUACCUCCAUAUCUGUUAUUUUCUGCUUGCAAUGAUUACCAGAGAGAGGGUUCAUAGUAAGCGAAUCCCAGACCCUCAACGGCCACCACUGAACCGAUGUCGCAUUUCUUCUGUAUUUUAUUUUUGAUAUUUGUUUGUGUCUUCUUUCUGCCUACUUUCUUUCCGUUAAUCUCCGUUUACAAAGAAUACCCGAGGUAGAUGAAGAGAUGGAUGAAGAUGAAAAUCCUGUCAUCAGAGAAAGUUUAUUGUGAUUGAUUGCCUGUGAGAAAAGCAAAGCCAUUUGGACUAUUGUGAUUUUUUAUGUAAGAUUUGUGGAAGCGGACUCCAAAAUCUACUGGACAAAGGGACCGUUGAUAUAAAUUGAAAACAGUGAUAGAAAAUAAUGUUAAUUGUGGUUGAAAUUAUAUUUGACACAUUGUAACUAACUAAUUAAUGAAACAGAAAAGCGAACCGUAAAAAACGAAGUUUUAUGUCUCCGCAUCUACCUGGCUUAUCAGUGAUCAUAAUUUCGCAUUUCAAAUUUUAAUCAACCUAUUCUGUCAUCGAAAAAGGAUAAUCAAGAUAGCAUGUUGAAUUCGCGUCUAUAACCAUUGCUGUUCAAAUCAAUUACUGUAGUUCCUUGAAUAAAGAGAGACAGCAAAUCAUAAAA